GAACUCAGAAGGCAUGUGAAGAGACAACAUCUCACAUAUCCACUGACGUGCAUAAUUUAAUUCCUUGUGGUGAUGUGGCUGGCUUGCUGGGAGUUAGUGUGAAGCAGUGCAAAGAUUUCACCCCCAAAUUCAAUAUUAAACGUGACACCUACUUGCUGAUCCGCAUUAGUAUUGAUAAAAUCAUGAAAUGCACAAAUCCUCAAGUUUACAGAGCACAUGUAAAGAGCAGCAAAAGGACGAAUGCGAUUUAUUUCGGAGAUGUGAGAUAUUUUUCUGUAAAGGUUCCAAAGCGGAAAAGUGAUCCUAGGAAUAGGAUUGUUUUAGAACUGGUGAGCUUUGAAGGUCCCAAAGACUUUCCGAGGCUGUUUGGAAACGUAACUAUGCACCUUUAUGAAGUCAUUCAGAAGCAGUCCUUCACUGAAAUUUGUGCUAUGAGAAUUAGAAAUAUGGUUUUCUGCACUGUAGAGGUGGAAUUUAUGUUCUGCUAUGGAAGUCUUGGAUAUGGAUAUUCACAUCAGCUGAAACUGCCAGGUGUAGAUCCUGCCAAGGCUGUGGAAUAUUCCAUGUUUCUGAGGGUUCCCCCACCAGAAGACAGAAAAGAUGCCACAAGCAAUGUCAUCAAACCACAGCGCAUGGAUUAUCCUGCAUUCUUAUCUCCAGACCUAAAUGUUACUGUCGGGAAUGUUGAGUUGGACAGUCCUAAGGAAAGUUCAGAACACUUCAGAAGCCUUCAGAGAGCUUUGAAACAGCCGCCCCAAGAGAGGCUGGAAAGAAUGAAAAACGAAUACCGGAAUCUGAAAACAUGGCGGGAAAAGGCAGAUUAUUUAGACCAACUGAUCUUAAAAAGGGGACCAAAAAUAACACCUGGUCAAACAAAGGUGUCUCGAUUCAGAGAAAUUGUUGGGAGGAUACAUCACCCUCUUGUUCAACAAAAUACAAUUUCUUCCACAGGUUUAGUGAAUAUUCAUGUUUUCAUAUUCAUAUCUUGGGUGGAGGGUGGAAGGGAGACAGUAAUUAAGGAAGAAGAAAAACCUGCUGAAAUUCAGCUAGAUUCAGUGGAUGAACCAGUAGAGCAAUGGCCUUGGAAAUUGGUCGGGUUCCAAGAAGCUGUUUUUAGCCGAAACAAGUUUGAACCAUUCUUGAGACGUGUUUGUAAAGUACAACCACCUCCAUUUCGUACAGGCAAAGGAGAUGUUUUCAGUCAUUUGGAAAAAAAAAUUUCAGCGACUGAUAUCAAAGAACAGGAAGAUCAAGAUCCACCUCAUGAGCUGUCUUUGACUAAAGCAAACAGUUAUUCAGACUAUCGACCAAUCAAAAGUGGUGAACAGCUGUCUAUACUAAGACUCAUAGAAAAGAAAAUGGAUUUAGAAGACGAAGACCAAAAACCUGCCAUGCAAGACAAAGAUGAACUACCUGGUUUUUCUCAGAAGCGAUCAGGAGAUAAACUAUCAGAAGCAGAAACAAAAGAGGUCCAGAUAUAUUUUCAAAAGUCUCUUGAAACCGUUCUUGUUGAUAAACUUGUAAAAGUAGUAGCACUGAAAUCACUGUUAAGUGACAAUAUUGAAAACCUAGUUGUGAAGAGACUCUCAGAAACAGAAAUAUCCCAAGAAUUAGAAGACAGCAAUUUGCCAAGUGAUAGGGAGAAACAUUUAUCCAAGGAAAGAAAACCUAGUUCCAGCGAGAAGAUUUCAGAAUCAGACCUAAGAAAGCUGAAAGAUGUUGUGAGUGAAAACUUGCAAACUCGUCUAAUAAAGAAAUUGUCUGAACAGGGAAUAAUCCCAGAUAUGGAGUUAGCUGAGAAAGACCAGAAGGUUUCUCUUCCAAGUUCAAGUGAUUCGUUUGAGAGAAGGAAAAGUUUAUUCGAGGAAACUGAAAUAUUUACACUGAAAUCACUAAGUAGCAGUCAAUUAGGAAACAUUUCUAAAACUGAAUCCAAGCAGCAUAGUAAAGAAAGUAGCCAUGAAAAACAGCCAAUAGUUACAGAGAAAGGUUUCUCCGAAAGCAAAAUAGAUUCUGAUAGAGAGUCUAUUUUACCUGUUAAAAGCCAAGAUGGUUCAACAGACUUAAGACAUGAACACUCCAAACAAUCACUAGAAAUAAUUAGAGUAACAUUGCCAUUGAGCACAGAAACAGAUAUUAAGCAGCAACUUGCCAGUCAUGACAUUCUCCUUGAAAGAGUUUUAAAAGCAGAAAUAACAAGUUUAAAAACUUUUUUAAGCAAAGGGCUCCAGGAUCACCUUAAAGAUAAACUUACAGAAACUGGAUUAAGUACAGAAGAUUUUGAAACAGUGUGCCGGAAGUUGUCCUUGAACAUGAAAAGGGAACAUACUAAAGAAAGCCUUGCUGAAGAGACACCUGCACUAAGUGAAAGUGUUCAAAAUCUCUUUGAAGCACUUUCAGAAAGUGAAAUUGCCAAUCUGAAGUUUGCAUUGAAUAAGAAGAUCUAUGACCAUCUUUCAGAAAGGCUUUCAGAAAUAGGACUGAUCACAGAGGAGGAGUUAAGUAAGAUACUUGAAAAAUGGUUUCCAGUUGUGAUGAAAGAAACAUCACCAACGGCAGUUAAAGCCUCAGAUUUACCCAAUGAAGGACAAAGUGUGCAUUCACCAUCCUCCUUAACUCAAAACCUGCAAGAUAGGUUUUCAGAUGAAGAACUACAAAAUCUAAAGUGUCUCCUAAGCAGGCUUCUGAAAGAAGGCCAAAGACACAAGCUUUCAGAAUCAGAAGUAAAAGGUUUAACAUCAGUUUUUCAGAAAAGUUCUGUGAAUCUUUCCAAUCAAAGCAGUUCUGAAACUGGAAUAAGCAAAGGAGUGGAGAUAAAGGAUAAAUGCCACAGUCUUAUAACUUUGCCAAGUGGUGAAGAACGUUCAGAAGUUAGUAACGUAGCUGUAUUCGACAGUGAGAAAAGUCGUUCAAAGGAAAGUCUUCAUGAAAUUUCAACAGGUGAGAAAUAUCGUGUAAGAGGAGAAAAUCCAGACCAUGCUGAAAACAGUAUUUUUGAAGUAGAAACCAAGAACCAAGAAACUCAGACCAUGUAUCUUACAAAAAAAGCAAAACAUAGUUCUAAAAGGGAAUGUCACAGGUUGCCAGGUUACCCUGAAAAUCUGGAGAUGCUAAAUUUAAGGAGAGGAUCGUUUGAAGCAGGAUUAAAAAGCAAACCCCCUGAUGAACCUUCGAAGAGAAUCUCAGAACCAUUUGCCUUUUCAUCUUUUUUGAGUGCACACGAUAUUGGUAUACAAACUGAAAUAAAAAACUAUCUCUCCAAGCCUCCAAAUUACCUUUCCAAGCCUUCCUUUCCAGUAAACCCUGAGACAUUUCGCUUUUUACACUCAGAGUCCGAGGAAGAAGCAAAGCCAGCAAGCAAACAUCAUGAAAAGUCAAAAAGCAGGAGGAAAACUGACAAAAAGGACACCGUAUCACACCAUCCACAGCAAACAAUGACACACACACAUAACAAGAAGGAAAGGACAAAUAAUGGAAACGUAGCUAAGGAGUGUUUAAAAUGUAAAAAACAUGGUGAACCACCUCCUUCAAAAAUUAGCACGACCGAAAACAAGAAGGAUUUAAAAACAAUAGCAUCCUCAACUGGUGUGGGAAAGGAAAGCCUGAAGCAGAAAGCUGAGAAGAAACGCGAUAAUGAGGUGAAACCCAAAAAAUCCCUUAGCAAGACUGCUGCCCUGUCUGAUCCACAGCUACAAAACCGGUCCAAAAAUCUUCAGGAAAAAUCAUCUGCAACAACGAUCCCACCUUAUGGACGUACAAAAGGAAAUACUUUGACUCUUGCAGGCACAGAGGAUUUAGAUGUGGAAGCUUUCAAGCACCUUGAAAAAGCAAUAGAAAGAGCUCUUAUCGAUUUAGGAGGAGUUUCAGAAAGCAGCUCCAGCCAUGGAAGACCGAGCACAGUUCCAAGUGCUGUUGCUCUCGCAUCUAAAGAUUCAUCCAGACCAUUUUCCUCUGCAGUUGAGACUCCGAAAAAUCAAGCAGGCUUAAUAUCUGAAAUGCUUAACAAUCAGGAACGGAUUUUAAAAAUGACACCUGAACAAUUGGCGAUAGUACUUCGGGUUCUCCAGAAGGUAUUGAAGCAGAACACAAGCCCAAAAUAAUGGAUGAAUGGAAACCAUCUGUGCCUAAACCAGCUAUGUGUGUGCUUUUGUGUUACUAUUUCCCCCUAGCUGUAAUGAAAAAUAAAAC